UUUGGAGUUUGUGCCAAAACCCACCACCUUGACAAUGGAUAAACAUUAAUACCUAGUAAUUGAGAUAAAGAUGUUGAGAAAGAGAGAUCAAGGUACUUCUCAAAGAUGUUGGAAGGGAAGGCAUUGAUCCAGGACACAGACAUGCCUGUGAAGAUGCAGCUCCAGGCCAUGUCCUCAGCUUCUCAAGCUCUGGACCUUUAUGAUGUCAGUGAUUGCAGGAGCAUAGCAACUCACAUCAAGAAGGAGUUUGACAUGGUUUAUGGCCCAGGGUGGCAGUGUGUAGUGGGGUCUAACUUUGGUUGCUUUUUCACUCACUGUAAGGGGACCUUCAUCUACUUCUGCUUGGAAACCCUAAACUUUCUUAUCUUCAAAGGUGCUGCUUCUGUGUAGCUUGAACUGGAGAUUUGUGAGUCAGAGUUCAUGGUUUUGGGUAGCUUGUGUGUGUGCGUGUGUUUUGGUUAGCAGAGGUUAAUGUGAUUGUAUAUAGUUUUCCAUCUUUGUAGACUUGCUUCAAUCUCCAAAAUGGAUUAUAAACUAUGUUUGUAAAACAUGGUUGUUAGUGAUCAUGAAGUAUGUUGAGAUUGAUUGAAUGAAAACUUACGAACAGAAAGGAAAUGAAAAAGUUUAUCAAUGUA